AUGCAUCUAUUAUUAAUUCUAGCACCUGGACAAAAGCCUUUAUCUCCUGAUACUUAUGAUACAAUCGUAUCCGCUGAACUUCCUGAUCAAAAAAAACAUCCUCAUUUGUUUUCUAUGGUGGUCAAACACAUGAUGCAUGGACCUUGUGGUGAAAUGAAUCCAAACAACAUUUGCAUGAAGAAUGGAAAAUGCAAAAAUCAUUAUCCCAAAAAUUUUGAACCUAUAACAAGAUCUUCCAAAGACUCAUACCCAAUAUACAAGCAUCGUGCUGAUGGUAAUCAAGUGAAAAUCAGAGGGCAAAUUUUGGAUAACCGUUGGGUAGUUCCGUACAAUCCAUAUCUUCUUGCCAAAUAUGAUUGCCACAUUCAUGUGGAAAUUUGUUCAACAAUCAAAGCUGUCAAAUAUUUGUACAAGUAUAUUUACAAAGGCCAUGAUAAAAUUGCAUUCCAUAUUGUUCAAGAAAAUCAAUCAGAAAUCAUAGAUGAAAUCCAACAAUUUCAGUCGGCAAGAUGGAUUUCACCUCCAGAGGCAAUGUGGAGAAUUUAUGCAUUCUCUUUGAAUGACAUAUACCCAUCAGUAAUCCAUCUUCAAAUCCACCUUGAGCACCAACAAUUUGUUACUUUCAAUCCUUCAGAUGACCUAAAUUUUGUGUUAAAUGAUCCCAUCCGUUCGAAAACAAUGUUAACUGAAUUCUUUUUGAUGAACAAGACAAAUGAAAAGGCAAAGCUUGCAAAAUAUUUAUAUAAGGAAUUCCCUGAACAUUUUGUUUGGUGGCAACAAGAUAGAAUGUGGACUGAGCGAAAAAAGGGCAAUGUUAUUGGGCGCAUUGUCACAGCACAUCCUGCACAAGGUGAAAGAUAUUACCUUAGGUUACUUCUAAACAACAUCAGAGGGCCUACAUCAUUUGAAUCCUUGAGAACCAUAAAUGGAAGAAAAGCAAAAACUUUUCGAGAAGCUGCCCUUCUCUAUGGUCUCUUACAAUCAAACAACAAUCUUGAACAAUGCUUGGAAGAAGCAAUCUCUUACCAAAUGCCUUACUCUCUAAGAAGAUUGUUUGCAACCAUUCUCAUUCAUUGUGCUCCUAAUAAUCCAAAGCAGUUGUGGGAAAAAUUCAAAGACUACAUGGCAGAGGAUUAUGCCAAAACAACAAAUCUUUCAAAACAAGAAAUUUUCAAAAAAGUUCUACAAAGCAUAAAUUCAACUCUUCAAUCAAUGGGCAAAGAUAUCAAAGAUUUCAAUAUUUGCUCUAACAACGUGCUCUCAUCUGAUAAUCAAGAUACCUGUCGCGAAAUUGAAGAAGAAAUGAAUAUUGUUGUUUCUGAAGCUGAUUACCAGCCUAUUUCUCUAUUAUCCUCGGAACAAAAAGCAGCAUUUGAAAAAAUCUUAAAUAGGGUCUUCUCAGGAAAGCAAGGGUGUUUUUUCAUAGAUGGUCCUGGGGGCACUGGUAAAACCUUUUUAUACAAGGCAUUGUUGGCAGCAAUUAGAUCCAAGAAUUACAUUGCUCUUGCAACAGCAACAUCUGGAGUAGCAACCUCUAUUCUCCCAGGAGGCCGCACGGCCCAUUCUCGUUUCAAAAUACCUAUAGAUGUUGAUACAUAUAAAUCUUGCAACAUAGGUAAACAAACUGGGCUUCCAAAUCUUUUGAGAACUGCAAAACUAAUCAUUGGGAUGAGGCACCCAUGGCCAAGAGACAAAACAUUGAGGCAUUGA